AUGACUCACCAAGCGACCCAAUCAAGCAGAACUUCACUCGUCAUUCCGUCUCAUUACCACCUUCAAAACCAAAAAUUGAAUCUUCAACAGUCAGAACCUUUACAGCAGACGUUCCAGCUUUCAUCCUCGAAUUCUUCAUCCAAGCACAAUCCUAAGAACAACCAAUCUCCAGCGGGAUCCUCCUCCGGAAAUCCGUCCUCACCGGGCGAUCAAGAUGGCGCUAGCUCAAGUGAUGAUCCUCCCUCCUCUCAAAAGCCACCAACGUCGAUUUCUAAGCCUACGAUACCUGAAGUUUACCCUGAAGUGCUUGCCUUACCUAUCACUCGUCGACCAUUGUUUCCUGGAUUCUACAAAGCUGUGAUCAUCAAGAACCCAGAUGUAAUCAAGGUGGUUAGAGAAAUGAUGAAACGUGGCCAACCUUAUCUCGGCGCGUUCCUACUCAAGAAUUCCGAGUCUGAAACCGAUAUCAUUUCCGAUCCUGAAUCUGUUUAUAAAGUUGGCGUUUUCGCUCAGAUCACCAGUAUCUUUCCGACUAAUGCAGCGAAGAAAGAACACCCCAGUAGCCUAUCAAAGACCGCAUCAAAAGACGACGAAGCAGAUGAAUAUGCCAAUGGUUUGACUGCUGUCCUCUAUCCUCAUCGGAGAAUCGAGAUUACCGAACUUUUGGUUCCCAAGGUUGAUCCAUCUGAUCCCACAAAAGUCAAACACUCGAUCCAGGCUGUCAAACCCUCGCCAAUAUCACCCGCUAAGGGGGAUAUUCUAGUCACAGAUAAGCUGUCCGAUCCUUCGCCGGAGCCUUCUAUCACCGCCUCGACAGAUUCUCCAAUAGUCAAGCAGGCUUCUUCCUCAACUGCGAAGGAAAUUGAUGAUCCCACCUUGGAAUCCGACGAAAAUUCGGCUGCACUGCUUCAAACCAGUUUCCUGAAAGAGUAUCAAGUCUCAUUGGCAAACGUGAAAAACUUGUCAUUGCAACCAUUCAAAAAGAAUUCUCAGGUCAUCCGGGCUAUCGCCUCUGAAAUUAUAAACGUCUUUAGGGAUAUUGCGACUUUGAACCCACUGUUUAGAGAUCAAAUCGCCAACUUCAGUAUCUCCCAAGGAUCUGGAAACGUUUUUGAGGAUCCCGACAAGUUGGCCGAUUUUGCUGCUGCAGUCAGCACAUCGCCCAGCUCAGCAGAUGGCGGUGAAUUUCAUUUCAACGAGUUACAAGAAGUCUUAGAAUCCAUGGUUCUGGAGGAAAGGCUCCAAAAAGCUCUGUUUGUUUUGAAACAAGAACUGAAGAAUGCUGAACUGCAAUCGAAGAUCUCUCGAGAAGUAGAAUCAAGAAUAACGAAGCGCCAACGAGAAUUUUACUUGAUGGAACAACUGAAAGGGAUUAAGAAGGAGCUUGGAAUUGAUGGAGAUGGAAAAGAUAAACUGAUCGAGAAGUUCAAGGAGAAAGCUCAUGGACUGAAUAUGCCUGAAUACGCCAAAAGCGUUUUCGAUGAAGAACUCAGCAAGCUACAGACUUUAGAGCCACAGGCUAGCGAGUUCAACGUCACUCGAAACUACUUAGAUUGGUUAACAUCAAUCCCGUGGGGUCGACACUCUGAGGAGAAUUUCGACCUUCAGCACGCUAUCAGAGUCUUGGACGAGGAUCACUACGGUCUCAAAGAUGUCAAAGAUCGGAUCUUGGAAUUUUUAGCGGUGGGAAAACUCCGGGGGACUGUUGAAGGUAAAAUACUGUGUUUGGUUGGUCCGCCCGGUGUAGGUAAAACAUCGAUUGGGAAGUCGAUUGCCAGGGCUCUAGAUCGACAGUUCUUCCGAUUCUCAGUUGGCGGUUUGACGGACGUGGCGGAGAUCAAAGGGCACCGAAGAACUUACGUGGGGGCUAUGCCUGGAAAAGUGAUCCAAUCCCUCAAGAAGGUUCAAACAGAAAACCCGUUGAUAUUGAUAGACGAGAUCGAUAAGGUUGGCAAAGGUCACAAUGGCGAUCCGUCUUCGGCAUUAUUAGAGAUGUUGGAUCCCGAGCAGAAUAGCAGCUUUCUGGAUCAUUACAUUGAUAUUCCCAUCAACUUAUCACGCGUCUUGUUUGUCUGCACAGCCAAUGUGCUCGAUACUAUUCCAGCACCUCUCUUGGAUCGGAUGGAAGUGCUAGAGGUUAGUGGAUACGUCACCGACGAAAAGAUCAACAUCGCCAGCAAGUAUCUUUCACCCCAAGCUAAAGAAUCAUGCGGUUUCGGGGAAUCGGACGUCAGCAUUGAUCCAUCUGCAAUUGACACCUUGAUUCGAUACUACUGCCGGGAAUCUGGAGUCCGGAAACUGAAACAAAACAUCGAGAAAGUCUAUCGGAAGGCGGCGCUGAAGAUCGUACGGGAUCUUGGCGAGAAGGCCUUACCCGAAUCGUCUGCGGAAUUUGUUUCACCACCGAACGAUACAUCGACUGUGAAAGAGGACAGUGUGAUCAAAUAUGAUGGGGCCCUCCCGGCCUCACCAUCGAGUAGCACCUCGAGCCCAUCAUCUAGUAGUAGCCUGCUGCCCUCAUCCUCCUCAUCUCCAUCAUCCUCAACCUCAGAAGCAUCACCUCCAACGUCGAGCGAUUCAUCAUCGCCCGAGAAAUCUGGAGUGACUGGAAGUGAGAGACGGACGACGACGGAAGUGCGGAAGCCGCUGAAGCUACCCCAAGAUCUCUCGAUCCACAUCAGUCAUGAGAACCUGAUCGAUUACCUCGGUCCGCCGAUCUACCAGAAGGAUCGACUGUAUACAGCUCAGUGCCCGAUCGGCGUCUCGCAAGGCUUAGGGUACACCGGGAAUGGAUCGGGGAGUCUGAUGCCGAUCGAAGUGAAGCUGAUGCCGGGCUCGUCCGGUGGCGGCUCGUCGAUCCUGUUGACGGGCAAGCUGGGCGAGGUGAUCCGAGAAUCGGCGCAGAUCGGCCUGAGUUUCUUGAAGUCGAAUGCCUUCAACUUGGGCCUGACCGCUGAAGCUGGCCAGGACCUCUUGGAGAAGAAGUCGGUCCAUUUGCAUAUGCCCGAAGGCUCGAUCGGCAAGGAGGGGCCGUCGGCUGGCACGGCGAUCUUGGUCGCGUAUUUGUCGCUGUUCUCCAACUUCCGAAUCCGCUCUGAUCUAGCCAUGACGGGUGAGAUGACUUUGGCUGGACAAGUGCUCCCAGUGGGCGGCUUGAAGGAGAAGAUCUUGGCUGCGCACCGGGCAGGGAUCAAGAAGAUUUUAGUUCCCGCAGCCAACAAGCCUGACAUCGAGCACAAUGUGCCUGAUUCGAUCAAGGAGGGAAUCGAGCUCGUUUACGUGGAGGAUGUUCGAGAAGUGAUCAAACAUGCGUUCCAAGGCAACUCUGGGAUAUUGGAUAACUUAGAUAAAUUAGAAAUGGUUGGAUUGUCAAAUUAG